AUGCGCCACGUCCCAUUUGCGACUCUAUUUAUCGUCAUUAUCAAUGUGCAGCUGACGUUCGAACAGUUGAAUAUCAGGAAAAUCCAAACCACUGACAACACUCGCCGCCAGCAGCAACGGAACCGAAAGUCUGAGAAUUUCGACCAGUACUCUCACUUUACAGACACGGGAGAGGUCAAUGAUCAACUCAAAUACUAUACUCAUAGUUUCGAGCAGAAGGUUCGAGAAGCCGUCCGCGAUGAGGAGUACAUGCUGAAGAAUCUGUGGUACGAUUCGGAUUAUGUGAUUCAUGACUUGUGUGAACCACACAAGUCGGGUGGACAAACGGGCGAGCUGAUAUGGUCGGAAUCAGGCGACCGUCUAUUAAAAGUGAUUGGGAACGGGGUAGUCGAAGACGGGUAUAAUAUGUUCAUGGCACCGGGACAGUCGCAAGGGAAACGAACGGAUGUACACGUGGCGGUGUACAUUGAGUCGAUGUCGUCUUUCAAGGCACAAUCUAUGGAUUUCGAGGUGGAUAUGUAUUUGGCGAUGGGAUGGUUUGAUAGGCGGUUGGCACAUAAUUGUACACAUCCGAUAUUGGUGACUAGUAAGCUAAUCGCCGAACGAAUGUGGUACCCGGACCUCUACUUCGUCAACUCCAAAUACGCCUAUCUCCAAGAAGUGACCACUCCAAACCUGAUGGUCAUUGUCUAUCCGGACGGGCUCAUCUUCAAAACGAUGCGUCUCGACGUAACACUCUCGUGUAUGAUGGACUUGAAACUAUUCCCACUGGACUAUCAGGAGUGUCCGUUGACCAUUCAGAGUUUUGCCUACAUCGAGCAAAUCGUCAACUUGACUUGGCGAGACGAUCCGCCAAACUUUCCCAUCGGAUUCAACCCGGACAUCAAACUAAACGAUAUGCAAAUCACCAACAAACGAUUCAUCAAAUGCGCAGGACCGUACCCGAUGUUCCGUGGAGAGGCUCGAUGGAGUUGUAUUCAGGGAUUUAUAGUUAUGAAGCGGCUAGUCUUAUUUCAUAUUAUUCAAACCUAUAUUCCUACAGGAAUGCUCGUGUCAAUAUCAUGGAUGUCAUUCUGGUUGGAUCCGCGUGCGAGUCCCGCCCGUAUCUCUCUAACCAUCACCUCAUUACUCACUUUGACGACGAUGAGCAACGGAGCCCGUCAGGAUUUACCGCAAGUCUCCUAUAUCAAGGCUCUCGAUAUUUGGUUGACUUUCUCGCAGGCGUUGAUUUUUUUGGUGUUGUUGGAGUACUCGUUUGUGUCGUAUUAUAUGACGAAACGGACGACGAAUUGUUCGCAUCGAAGUCUGUUUUAUGAGGAGAGGGUUCAGGAGUGCAAGCGGGAGGAGAAGGCUCGAAAAUCCAUAGUCAAUAACAACAAGGCUGCAACCACGAACAAUACAGAGGGAUCUGACUUGAAUCGAAAUAAAAAAUCGCAACAAUUCUCGCUGACUCACGGAAUCUCCGCGUGCCUUAGUGAAUCAUCGGCGUUGAUGUCAGUCACCCCAGUGCCGGGUCGUCUCUUCACCAAAUUCGACACGAACAAGCCGUGUGCGAGGUGUUCGGAGAAGAACGAACGGAUAGCAGUCAAGAUUGAUGAAUAUAGCCGCUGGCUGUUUCCUACUGUCUUCACAAUAUUCUGUGUUUCCUACUGGCUCUACUUCACUUGGCGAUCAUCUGCUUCAGAGGGAUAA